AUGGAGAACUAUAGCUCCUCAACACUUCCACGAAAGAAGGCCAAGACUGGGGUGAAGAAGACUGGGGUAAAGAAGACAGGAAAGAAGUCCACUGGCAAGAAAAAGCCAACUUCGUCUACCAGUGCAGUUCACCUUGCCGCUCCUUAUAAUCCUUAUCCCACGAACACUCAGUAUGCACCGAAUUAUGCGCCUCUUCCACAGACGGUGGUUAUUGAGAAACCAAUAGGGGGUAACCGAAGAGGAAAAAAAUCCAUAUGUGCACUCGUGUUUCUAGCGGUUGCCUCCUAUCUACUGGCAAUCAGUCUGGGUCUUUAUGUUCUAACGAGCUGCGCCUGGACAAUGGCAGAUUCCAAUAAAAUCUACCUCGCUGAGCUCUCAACAAACACGACCUACGAUAUCUCACUUCGGGUGGGCUACUUUGGAGGAUGUCUAUCAGUCACCGAUGCAGCUGCCGUAUCCUCUUCCGAUGGCAAUUCCUCCGCACAAACGUUCACCAACUGCGUCUCGAACAUGCGCCGAAAGGAUCUGGACGACCUGAGCGAAGAACUUUGGGAGCACCUAGACCACGAAGUCUCUAGUGUCCAAUCCGACGUUCAAACCUUUCUGAACACCACCCUCCCACAAUUCAAACACCUCCAAGAUGAUGUCUUCUUCUGUGAACCUCCUCUCGUUCAUGCCCUCCUAUUUUUCAUCUCGGGAAUUAUGCUCCUCGUUGCUCGCACAGGCACAUCCAGAAAGAAGUCGUACAAGGCAAUGUUAGUGAUCGCAAUCACUUUCAGUGCCUUCUCGCUUGCCCUCGCUCUAGUGACCGUCCUCGGUACUCUACAGGGUAUGAAUGCGUUGCUUGACGCCUCUUCAUCCGGGGAGCAAAGAGAUCUUGGUGAUUCCUUGUAUCUAUCGCGUGGCAAAAGAAUGCUGGGGUAUCAGGGAGCUCUUACUGGUAUUGUCGGUGUAUUCUAUAUCUCGAUGGGGGUGCUCUUUGUGCAGCGGACGCCAGAGGGAGCGGCUGGCACUAAACUCUGGCUGAGCCACGUGUGGUGA